CUGGUAUGACCUCUGUCAGCAAUGCUAUUCCUCCGACAACAAGUCGUGGAGCGAAAAUAACUGGCCGUGGAUCGAGAAUCAGCCUCACUGGAGGUGGUAUCGAAGAUGCAACUACUCCGAAAAGCUACCGUUCAGACAGCAGUAGUGCUUCUAUGAGGACUUCGCAAUUGCUGUUUCAAUCUUUAAGAGGUGGUAGUUGUCGUGAUGGACACAGCAGCAACAUUUUCAGUUUUGAAGAUUCCGAUUCAUCAGACAACGAAGAUCUUCAACUUCAACAAGAUGAACAAACUCCUCAUAGUGGACGACGGGGUCGGCUACAUCAACGACCACUACGACUACCAGAUCUGCCGCACAUGGCAUCUUCUCCGACGUUGCGUGCU